AUGAAGGUUGGCGUCCUUCUUGCCGUGGCAAUGGCCACUUGCAAAUGCCAGGCGCAAGAGUUCUCAGUGCACGCGCUGCUGCAGUCUGCUGUGGGUCGUGACCUUCCUACCGGCUGCGUUGGCAAUGCCACAGCGGCGGCGUGGACUGAUGGUUUUAAGGCUGCGGUGGAUACAAUGAUGCAACGAACCAAGCGGACAAUGCAACUUGGGCUAACGUCAGUAGCCCAAGGGGUGCUGAAGCUUAUUGAAGAGAUCCCGGAAUGUGGUGACUCAGUGAAAUUCAAGCCUUUGAAAGAGCAAGCAGAAAGGCUGAAGGUUCUAGCCAGCACAAGAAGCUUGGCCGGGCUUGAUGCUACAGUUAAGUAUGAGCCUUUGAAGGGUCUGACCCUUGGUGGUAUUGACGUGCACGCUGAACUCAAUGCAUUGCUUGUGGCGUGGCAGAUGAAUAAUGGCCCUGACAUGGUUGGCAAGGCGUUGGCCAAGUUCUUGGCGGAAUUUUCCGAGGAUUCCGAUGCGGAUGCAGAGGUUCCCAGCUUGCCCGUCGAAAGCCCUACACAUCGCCCCGGCGCCCUCCAGCGCACGACCUCCUUUUGGGCCAGCCUGCUGAACUCAGCCUUCGGCCGGCUCUCGGACAACAGCCGGCCAGUGGCUGAGUCAUGUGUUGCAGAUGGAACCGCCCACCUCAACGCGGAUAAGUUCGAUGAGGCGUUUGGGCGGAUGAUGCAGAAGUCUCAGCGCAGCAUGCAGGCUGGCUUGAGGAUUCUUGCAGUGGCCGUCAGCACCUUGCUAGAGAAUCUGGAAGAACACAUUGCUUGCCAGCAGCCGUUGCGGGCCUCAGCAGGUGCUGCCAGACUGCGUGCCGCGGCAAGCCGCCUGGAGACACUGGUUGGCACAAGAUCGCUGGUGAAUCCCGGGACCAAAGUAAAAUAUGAGGCCAUGCAGCACCUCAAUAUCGGCGGGGUCGAUGUUCAUUUGGAGCUGAACAAGCUGAUUGGAAGUUGGAUCCAAGACAAGGCAGCGCAUGAAGUCGGAGAUAGCCUUGCCGAUUUCUUUGAGGACUUUCGUGAACAGGAGGAGGAAGUAGAGGAAGCAACAGGGGAGUUAACCGACUUGACGAAGAUGUGGUCUGAUGCAGUGUCCGCAGCGGGGGGCUGCUCCGCACAAGGUUGCUUCCAAGAAGACCUUCUCACACAGAUGGCGCAUGAAAUCGAAGCUGCCAUAGAAUUAAUGCUUAAGAAGCGACGCAAAACUAUGCAACAGGGCCUGAAAGAACUUGCAGACGCAGUUGACAAGCAGGUUUCAGCUAUGCCAGCUCUUUGUCAGGAGUGCCCUGGGCUGCUUAUAAUCAGAAGAGGCUCGCGGAAGGUGAGAAAAUUGACUCGCAUGCUGGUGGUGGAUUAUGGGACCUACAUCAAGUACGAGGCGCUCAAAUCCUUAGAGGUAGGCGGCGUAGAUGUGCAUUCGGAGCUGAAUGCCUUUCUGGUGGCUUGGAAGCUUCGGGGUCGUAGGGAAGCGGGCCAGCCGCUUGGCCAACUGCUCCAGCGCUUCGCCACAAUCACGGGUCAUGACGAGUUCUAG